AGAGAAAGCAACUUGUGGGUUUGUCAUCUCUUUGUUAUCCUCUCCUCUCUCUCUCUCUCUCUCUCUCUCUCAAUCUAUUAGAGCUAUAAUUUUGUUUAUUUCUUCCUCUAUAGCUGCUUUUGCAACUUCAUCUUCUUAAGCAACUCUCAGUAGUUUUUUUUAGCUUAUACACAAAGAAGAAGAAGAGGCAAGAUCUGUCAUGGAUGGUUCUCACUCUCAAGAAUUGGACUCAAAUAUUACAAUACAACUUCAACCAGAAACUGAUCAGCCAUCCAAAAGAAGGAAGGAGAAUCAGAAGGGUGUGGUUACUGUGAAGAUUGAAGCAAAUGAUCAUAGAAAACAGAGGAGUGAAGGUCCACCUUCUGAUUGUUGGUCAUGGAGGAAAUAUGGGCAAAAACCCAUCAAAGGAUCCCCUUUUCCAAGGAGUUACUACAGAUGCAGCACAUCAAAGGGUUGUCCAGCCAAAAAACAAGUAGAAAGAUGCAAAACGGAAGCUUCCAUGCUCAUCAUCACUUACACCUCCAACCACAAUCAUCCAGGCCCUGAUCUUCACACAACCACCACCACCAACCUCAACAAACAAUCAAAACAACCCAAAACCCAACUCACUCAAGAUCAUGAAGCACAAGAUGACCAAGAGGAACAACAACCCUUCAUGAACAGUGAUGAAGAUGCAAAUGAAGAUCAUUUCCAUUACUCACAAUCUCCAGUUAGCCAAUCACAAAACCCUUUUGCAGAAACCAUAGAGGACACCAAUGACUCACCACCAAGUGUCCUACUUGAUGAAGAGCCACUCUCUUAUCCUCUUCCUCUCAUGACCUUUCCAACAAUCAAAUCAGAAGAAAAUGACUUCUAUGAUGAGCUUGAAGAACUACCCAUUUCAUCAUCAUCAUCAUCCUUAACAAGCUUCCUGAGAAGCAAUUUCUUUGAUGAAAGGAUUCUUGUUCACCCUUCCUGCUCUAAUUAGGUUCUAGUGUUUAAGUCUUAGGUAGUGUUCAGUUCAUUAAAAUGAAGGUGAAAUGAAAUGACUAUUCUAUCCUAAUAUCUAUUCCUGCUAAUGGUUCACUACAAAAUGAUUACAAAAAAAAAAAAAAUUACACUACAAAUGAAAUAAUUAUUCACCAUUGUAAUUGAAUGGUCAUCUUAUAAGGAGAUUAAAGAAACUUUUACUUUAGUAAAUCAAACAUAGCAUUAAAGAAAUCUACUUAUCUGUGCAUAGAUAACAUAGCACAACUGAUACUUCCUUCACUUGGCUUCUUUUAAGGUUUUGUUUCAGGUGUUAUUAUUAGAGCUUGUUUGGCUGCUUUCUAACUUUACUUUUUUAAGGAAAAGCGGUGUGGUGACAAGGUUUGGCAGGAAAGUGGAAAGGCGGGGAGGUUCAUGAGUGUUAUGUUUGUCAUAUCCUGUAAAAGAAGUUACUAGAAAAAAGGCACAAGAAUCACCAUGUCAGUGCCCAAAAGAUUUUUUUUAUGAGAUGAGGUACCUUUUUCUUCCA